GGGGAAGAAACCUAUGAUUCGGCGAGAUUGCGCCUGGUAUAUAUGCACUGUCGGAGGGACAGCAAGGUCCUACUUUACACUUCUCAGUUCGUCAGGUAGCUAUCGGUCCAUCGAUCCCUGACUUUGUUUGAAGCAGAGAGCGAGCUCGAUCUUGAGGGAGGGGGAGAUCGACAUGGGUCGUCUUCUUAGGACGUCGAACUGCAUGGGCUACCUUCUUGUCAUCCUUGCCUUAUGCUGCGGAACAGGGCACCAGAGAGCGGAAGCAUCCAACCGACUCGCGGAACACCCAGCCCAUGGGACGAAACGAAACAGGAUCCUGACCACCGUCUCGGUGAUGAAGCCAUCCUACCCGACGGUCACCACGCCCACCUCCGCAUCGUACGCAAUGCCGGCGUCGACGCCGAUGGAUCCGUCCUCGAUGUUUCCUUCUCUGGCGGACGCGAACGGUGGCGGUGGCGUCGCCGGAGGUGGCAUCGGCGGAGGCGGUGCUGCGGGAGGCGGCGUCGGUGGAGGUGGCGUCGGCGGUGGCGGUGCUGUCGGCGGUGGCGGUGGAGGUGCCGUCGGCGGUGGUGCAGGAGGCGGUGUCGGUGGCGGCGGCGGCGGGACGUGGUGCGUGGCGAGCCAGAGCGCGAGCGCGUCCGCGCUGCAGGUGGCGCUGGACUACGCGUGCGGCUACAGCGGCGUGGACUGCUCGGCGAUCCAGACAGGCGGGAGCUGCUUCAACCCGGACACCAUCCACGAUCAUGCGUCCUACGCCUUCAACAGCUACUACCAGAAGAACCCUCUCCCCACCAGCUGCGACUUCGGCGGCACGGCCACCAUCACCACCACUGAUCCGAGUUCAGGGUCUUGCCAGUAUCCAGCUUCAAGCGGCGGCGCUCAGGGAAACAUGAUGCCCCCGCCGUCACCGACCACUCUGACGCCGAUGAGUCCGUUCCCGAUGACCCCAACGACGCCGAUGAGUCCGUUCCCGAUGACGCCAAUGACGCCGGACACCGGUACCACCGGAACGCCUACGUUUGGAAUGAGUCCACCAGACUUUGGGUCGUCGUCCCCUCCUGGCUCUGGCUUAGGAUCAGAUUCACCACCGGAUUACAACGACGUCGGCGCCGCCCCACCCACGGCGAUGGGCAGGGCGGCGUUGGCCCUCGUAUCCAUCCUUGCCGCCACGAUAUAUUUGAGCAUGGCUACAUGAAGAAUACGCGCAUUUAAAGAUAUAUAUUUCCAGAUGGCAAUCCUAUGCAGCAGUCGAAGAAGUUCAAGAAUGCAGAGAGGUGCUCGCCGCAGGAUGCUGCCAUAUGAGCGCAAACUUGCACCGCAAAACCUCCCUGCAGCAACACUUUGCAAAGCAGAGGUGCCCCAUUUGUUUAGUAUCGUCAGAAAUCAGAAGCAUAUGCUGAUGCAGCUUCUAGCCCCGCCCUAGUUCUAGUGGGGACAGCAGAUGUUUAUAUUGCCGAUUAUACUUCUACUGUACUUAGAAAUUUAUUGGGAAGUUUCGUUUCAGUUCA